AAAUAAUAAUAAUUAUUACCUCCCCCUUAAUUUUAAUCUCUCUCCAACAACACAUCCAGAACAAAGACAUCACCACCACCACGCCUCCGCCGAAACGACACCGUCGUCGUGUUUUAACUGAACGACAAUCCGACGAGACGAUCUAUUCGUAAUUACUCUGUACGCAAAAAAAAUUUGAUUAAUUCGUCCAUUUUUUGAAUAAUUUUUAUCUUAAUUUUGCUGAAUUUCAUGUGACUGUUUUAAUUUUAGUAUGUUCUUACGAUCAGUAACGAAUUCGGAUUGUGUUUUGUCUUUAUUUUAUCGAGAAACAAACAGAAACGGAGAAUCCCUCGCUUGUCGAGAAGCUAGGGUUUUCUGAUCAGGAACUGUGCGGUUGUAGUGAGCAUUUUGGGAUGAAUCAGUGAGGAGGAGUUCAGGAAUGAGUGUGGCGAGGAAAUUAGGGUUUUGAAUUAAGGUUUUAGCAAUUUGGAGAGGUUUAUAUUGGAUGAACACUGUGGUUGCUGUUAUGAUUCGGUUUUGAUUGGGUUGAUUUUGAGAGAUGGUGAAGUGUUUAUGAUGGUGGAUUGAUUAGUAGUAAUAUAGUGUAGCAAUGGUGCGGCUUUUGGGACUGAGUCUCCGGGAAUCAGAUGAGUCACCUCGAGAAAUCGCGCCACGGACUCACUUUACGAGUGACUCGGGUGAGAGUGGGUGGCUCAUACGGUUCUUUGACUCGUCAUUUUUUUGUGAGUGGAUUGCUGUUAGCUACCUCUACAAGCAUGACCAUGCUGGUGUGCGUGAUUAUUUAUGUAAUAGAAUGUAUACACUUCCAUUACCUGGUAUUGAAGGUUACUUGUUUCAAAUUUGUUAUAUGGCGAUUCAUAAGCCUAGCCCAUCUUUGGAUAAGUUUUGUAUUGAUAUAUGUUCGAAAUCGCUUAAAAUUGCGAUGAAAGUACAUUGGUUUUUGAUGGCUGAGUUGGAGGAUUCGGAUGAUAAUGAGGGUAUUAGUAGGAUUCAGGAGAAAUGUCAAAUAGCCGCCACUUUGAUGGGUGAAUGGCCGCCACUUGUACAGGUACCGAAUGCAGGUUUGAGUCCAGGGAGUAAGAGCCAAGUUUUAAACAAGAUAUUGUCGUCAAAACAGCGGUUCCUGUCGUUGACUUCUUCCCCACCAACACCGAGAUCACUAUCGUUUUCCCUUUCAUCGGGGAAUAAUUUGCAAGAGGAUAGUAGUCAGUUAUCGCCUGAGGAGAAUAAGAUUUUUAAGAAAUUCAUUCCAGGGCCAAAAAUGAGAGAUGCUUUAUUGUUUAGGAAGUCAGCUGAGAAGGAUGAGGAAGAGAGUGAAAAGGAUGGGUUUUUUAAGAGGCUUUUGAGGGACAGUAAAGGUGAAGAUGAGGAAGUGACGUCAAGUUCAGAUGGGUUUUUUAAGAGGCUUUUGAGGGAUAGUAAAGGUGAAGAUGAGGAAUUGACAGCAAGCUCUGAAGGCUUUUUUAAGAGGUUGUUUCGUGAUAGCAAGAGUGACUCUGAUGACAAGUCUCUAUCAAAAUCAUUGGAAGAUGAUGAAAAAGAAGGGUUUUUUAAGAAGUUUUUUAAAGAUAAAUUUGAGGAAAAGAAGGAUGGGAGUGAUCGGAAUGAGGAUGAAGAGAUUGUGAACUCUGAAGACAAAGGUUCAAAAUCUACUGAAGAUGAUGAAAAAGAUGGGUUCUUCCGUAAAUUCUUCAAGGAUAAAUUUGAAGAUAAGAAAGAUGGGAAUGAUAGAAUCGAUGAGGGGAAUGCCAUUGUUGAGGAAGAAGAACCUUCAGAUUUUUCAUUGUUUCGAAGAUUGUUUCGUGUGCAUCCGGAAGAUGCCAAAACAACUGCUGCCAAUGAAAACAGCAGCAAUGGUGGCUUGUUUGAUAGCAGUCCAGGGACUGAGAGCUUUUUUCGCAAACUGUUUAGAGAUCGUGAUCGAUCAGUUGAAGACUCGGAGCUGUUUGGUUCAAAAAAGCACAAAGAAAAGCGUCCUGGCUCCCCUAAGCAACUCGAUGAGAAGUCAAAUUCCAAGCCUCCACUUCCAAGUACUGCAUCUCAAUUUCGAAAAGGGGCUUAUCAUGAGUCACUGGAGUUUGUACAUUCGCUGUGCGAGACGUCAUUUGGCUUGGUGGAUAUUUUUCCAGUUGAAGAUCGUAAAAUUGCUCUUCGCGAGUCACUUGCAGAGAUCAAUCUACACAUAGAUGAGGCUCAAAACAGUGGAGGAAUUUGCUUUCCAAUGGGAAAAGGGAUGUAUCGUGUGGUCCAUAUUCCUGAAGAUGAAGCUGUUCUGUUGAAUUCUAGGGAAAAGGCCCCUUAUAUGAUCUGUGUUGAAGUUUUGAAAAGUGAUUCACCAAGCAAUACAAAGGACACAUCAGGUUCUCAAAAGCUUUCCAGAGGAAUUCCUCUAGCAAAUGGUGAUGCAUUUUUGCAGAAACCACCACCAUGGGCUUAUCCUUUGUGGACUGCUCAGGAGGCAUAUCGCAAUAGUACUGAUAGGUUGUCGAUAUCUACUGCUCAAGCGAUUGACCAGGCAAUGACUCAUAAGUCUGACACAAAAGUGAAAUUGGUCCAUGUGAAUCUUUCAGUAGAGACACAAUUGCUUCGCAAAACAAAGAACGUGGAAGUACCUGAUUCACAGUCUUGCAGCAAUUGCAAUAGAAUGCAAUCUGCUGCUUCAAAUGGUCGUCGAGCUGGAGAGGGUAUAAGCCUUGCUUCAAGAGAAGCACAUGGUAGUGAUUUGGAAUGGGUAAGGGUUGUGUUGACAGCAGAUCCUGGGGUUAGAAUGGAAGACAUUGAGGAUCAACGGCCACCACGUCGGAAGGAACACCGCCGUGUUCCUAGUACUGUUGCUAUAGAGGAAGUGAAGGCAGCUGCUGCAAAAGGAGAAGCCCCUCCCGGACUCCCUCUGAAAGGGGCUGGUCAAGAUUCAUCAGAGGCACAGCCAAGGGCUAAUGGUGGUACACCUAAGGCCACUGAUGCCUUAUCUGGUGAACUUUGGGCAAUGAAGAGAGAGAGGAUUCGGAAAGCUUCAGUGCAUGGAAAAUUACCUGGCUGGGACUUGCGUUCUGUCAUUGUGAAGAGUGGUGAUGAUUGUAGGCAGGAGCAUCUUGCUGUUCAACUUAUUUCACAUUUUUAUGAUAUAUUUCAAGAAGCUGGUCUUCCUCUCUGGCUGCGUCCUUAUGAAGUUUUAGUCACAUCAUCUUACACAGCACUCAUUGAAACAAUUCCUGAUACGGCUUCACUUCAUUCUAUCAAAAGUAGAUAUCCCAACAUUACAAGUUUGCGUGACUUCUUUGUUGCCAAGUAUCAAGAAAAUUCUCCAAGUUUUAAGCUUGCCCAGAGAAAUUUUGUUGAAAGCAUGGCUGGAUAUUCCCUUGUGUGCUACCUCCUGCAGGUGAAGGAUCGUCACAAUGGAAAUCUCUUAUUGGAUGAAGAAGGCCACAUCAUACAUAUUGAUUUUGGUUUUAUGCUUUCCAAUUCACCUGGCGGUGUGAAUUUUGAGAGUGCUCCAUUUAAGUUAACUCGUGAACUUCUUGAGGUCAUGGAUUCUGAUGCCGAGGGAGUUCCAAGCGAAUUUUUUGACUAUUUUAAGGUUUUAUGUAUUCAAGGCUUCCUAACAUGUCGUAAGCAUGCGGAACGCAUUAUUCUUCUUGUUGAAAUGUUGCAGGACUCGGGUUUCCCAUGUUUCAAAGGUGGUCCACGAACGAUACAGAAUCUUAGAAAACGAUUCCAUCUAAGUCAAACAGAGGAGCAAUGUGUGUCCUUGGUGCUAUCCUUGAUCAGCAGCAGCUUAGAUGCAUGGCGGACGCGCCAAUACGAUUAUUACCAGAGGGUUUUGAACGGGAUAUUGUGAGGUUAAAUAUGACUGGUGAUUAUCACCUGUUUGAAGCAUUCCGACGAAAGUUGCAUGUAAAUUUGCUGUGUGAUAUUAGGGUUUUGCUUCCCCUACACAACAGCUUCGAUGACUUUGUUUGCUUGAAAAGGAUAGUAGAUAGCAGUUUGUGGCCUGUUGCUCCUCGGUGCGAGAAAUUUGCAAUUGUAUCGGUACAUAUUCUCUCGGAAGUCUAGCAGGCUAAAAUUUUGUCGGCAGGGCUUACUUUUUCUCUCUCUCUCUCUCUCUCCCAUGUUCCAUAGACAUCUCAAAACUCUAUGAGCUGUUGGGGUAUUUAGUUACUAAGGGAGAUAUACAACACUGUACAGAGUAAUAUCAUUGGGGACGACAGACCGAACCUGAAAUGGCGACAAGAUACUUGUUGAAGUCGUGAUUUUUUACAUGGAGGAUUUCCAGGUUGGACUGGAUCUAAAUGUCGGAUGUCUGGCUGCCGCCUUUUGCCGUCUCGGCUGCUUUCCCUGAUUUUGAUUCUUCCACACUUAGAUUGAAAGGUAGUGUUAGCAAAAAUUAUGGAAAAAGAAUAUUCGAUUGUAUCAUCUCUCAUAUUUUUGCUGAUCCAAUUUUAUUUUAGUGGGAUUUUUUUUUUUUUUUUUUUAAAUUGGAAUUUUAAAUGGUUUCUUGUAAGAGCCUACAUGUUUUCAAGGGGUUUUUUAUUUUCUCUAGCCCCAUCUUUUUUGUUUGUGUUUUGUGUGCAUGUGUUACUGUUAGUCGUGAACUUCUCAUAUUUUUAAAUCGAUUGACCUUUUGAUUGUU